CUGUGGUCCACAGUCCCGUCUGAGCUCCAGCUGAUAGCUAAUAUCAUAUGCCAGGUGCGUGAGAAAGCCAUCUGAGAUGUUCAGCUCCCGUCGAGCGUUCAAAUGACUGCACCUCCAGCCCCUGUGUGACCACAAUGCCACCAUACCAGAGAUCCCAGGGAUAAUAACAGCUCUCUUGGAAGUUCCAGAUGCCAUGUGUCAAACACUCGACACAAGAAUUAGUUGGUUCUGGAGGCUGCAUCCAAACCAAUUGCUGUAUUUAGAGGACAUGAGGGCAGGAGAAAAGAAGACGAAGACAAAGACAAAGACGAAGACGAUGAAGAAAAAGACGACGACAUGAGGGCAGGACCUGAAGCCAGGCUAUGGUCUCUAAUUACCACCUGAGUGUGACAUUUCUGAGGCUCAGUUUCCUCAUCUACAUGCAGAAUGGCCUUCAGCGGCAAGUACGAGAUCGAGAGUGAGAAGAAUUAUGACGAGUUCAUGAAGCGUCUUGGGCUCCCCAGCGAUGUUAUCGAAAAGGGCCGAAACUUCAAGAUUGUCACGGAGGUGCAGCAGGACGGGCAGAAUUUCAUCUGGUCCCAGCACUACCCGAGCGGCCACUCCAUGACCAACAAGUUCACCAUCGGCAAAGAAUGUGACAUGGAGACUGUGGGGGGCAAGAAGUUCAAGGCCACCGUGCAGAUGGAGGGUGGGAAGAUAGUGGCAGACUUCCCUAACUAUCACCAGACCUCGGAGAUCGUGGGUGACAAGCUGGUGGAGAUCUCCACCAUCGGAGGCGUAACCUAUGAGCGUGUGAGCAAGAGGCUGGCCUGAGCAAGCAGGCGGGGCUCCCAGGGGGCUACGAAGCCAGCAGUGAAAGCUGGGAU